GUCGUGUUGCAGUCAUCCAAUGCAGUCAUCUUAUCAUUCUUAUCGUCUGUUGGAUUUUUGACUGUCACCUUGCAAACUUGUUAAAAAGAAAAUCCUUUGGAAAGCGAAAUGGCAGCAUCUCCCUACCAUAUUUCGUCUUUGUUGGACAAGAUGACGUCUAAUGACAAAGAUUUUCGUUUUAUGGCCAUUAAUGAUUUGAUGGCUGAACUGCAAAAAGAUUCAAUCAAACUUGAUGAUGACAGCGAGCGCAAGGUGGUAAACAUGUUAUUGAAACUAUUGGAAGAUAAAAAUGGAGAAGUUCAAAAUCUUACGGUUAAAUGUCUUGGCCCACUUGUUGGUAAAAUUAAAGAAUAUCAUGUUGAAACUAUUGUUGAUAAAUUGUGUUCAAAUAUGAUGUCAACAAAUGAACAACUCAGAGAUAUAUCUAGCAUUGGCUUGAAAACAGUGAUUUGUGAACUUCCUACUGCAUCGUCGUCACCUCUUGCUUCAAAUAUAGCAAAGCGAAUAACUGGGAGACUUACUGUAUCAGUUUUGAAGAGUUCAGAUGUUUCUGUGCUGUUGGAGGCAUUGGACAUACUUGGAGAUUUGCUUAGUAAAUAUGGAGGAUUGCUGGUGUCUUUUCAUCAGUCCAUUGAACAGUCGUUAUUCACACAACUAAAGAGUGCAAGACUUGCGGUUAGAAAAAGAUCCAUCAUAGCUUUAGGAUAUCUUGUCACUAGUGCAAACAAUAAUUUAUUUGUUGAAUUGAUUGAUUCAUUGAUGAAACAACUCAACAAAAAUGAAUCACCAUCAACAACAAGAACAUAUAUUCAAUGCUUGGGCUCCCUGUGUCGUCAAGCUGGACACAGGUUUGGAGAACAUUUAGAAAAAAUUAUCCCAUUGAUUGUGAAAUAUGCAAAGAUUGAUGGUGAUGACGAGCUUCGAGAAUAUUGUAUUCAGGCUUUUGAAUCGUUUGUUACACGUUGUCCUAAAGAAGUGACGUCACACGUUUCAAAGAUCAGUGAAUUAUGCUUGGAGUUUAUAUGUUUUGACCCUAACUACAACUAUGGUAGUGACGAUGAAGAUGAAGACAGUAUGGAUACAGAUGACAUCGAAGAUGAUGAUGGUUCUGAUGAUGAGGAAUAUAGUGACGAUGAUGAUAUGAGUUGGAAGGUACGUCGUGCUUCAGCGAAAUGUCUAGCUGCUGUCUUAGGAUCCCGACCAGAACUUCUUGCCGAGUUUUAUAAAACCAUUUCUCCUGCUCUCAUUGGACGCUUCAAAGAGAGAGAGGACAGUGUAAAGUGUGAUGUAUUCAAUGCUUACAGAGCUUUAUUACGUCAGACUAGACCUAUCACUACAACGACGUAUGACUCUGAUGCAAUGGAGGAAGAAAACAGACCGCUUACCCUCCUGCAGGCUCAGAUUCCUGCGAUAGUUAAAGCAAUUCAUCGGCAGCUACGAGAGAAAAGUUUUAAAACGAGACAGGGCUGUUUCGCCCUUCUCACUGAGCUUGUCAACGUAUUACCUGGAGCGUUAUCUAAUCAUAUCUCUGCUAUUGUUCCUGGAAUUCAGUAUUCACUAGGGGACAAAAACUCGACAUCAAACAUGAAGAUUGACACGCUGACAUUUUUAAGUGUUAUCGUAUCUCAACACUCACCCUCCGUGUUUCAUCCACAUAUCGCCGUGUUGCUUCCUCCUGUCAUUGAUGCUGUUGGCGAUUCAUUUUACAAGAUUACGUCUGAGGCAUUGCUUGUUCUCCAAGAACUUGUUGUUGUUAUCAGACCAUUUAAUGACGAGACAAGCUUUGAAUACAAACCAUAUGUUAAAGAAAUAUAUUUUUGUACUUUGCAACGUCUGAAGGCUGCUGACAUUGACCAGGAAGUCAAAGAAAGAGCCAUAUCGUGCAUGGGACAGAUACUACACAGUUUUGGUGAUGAACUUUCGUCAGAAUUGCACACGUGUUUGCCCAUUUUACUAGAGCGAUUGCGUAAUGAAAUCACCAGACUUACUGCCGUUAAAGCGCUUACCUUAAUUUCUCGGUCUCCUUUGAAUAUUGAUCUUUCAAUAAUAUUGCCUGAGACCAUGCCCGUAUUGGCAUCGUUCCUAAGAAAGAACAAUCGUGCUUUAAAGUUAACGACACUCAAUGCAUUGGAUGUUCUCAUAACGAGCUAUGGAUUUAAUAUUGAUUCUGUUGAUAUCAAUGGCGUACUUGCCGAAAUUCCACCUUUAAUCAACGAAACCGAUCUUCAUAUUUCUCAGAGAGCGCUUUUACUCUUGACAUCAGUGGCUAAACUUCAUCGACAGAAUCUUGUACAGGUUCAUGACCGUAUUGUACCCAGCGUUGUGAAUCUUGUUCGCUCUCCGCUCUUACAAGGGGGUGCUCUUACUGCAAUGUUAAAUUUACUCGCGGAAAUCGUCCAAUCGAGAGUUUUUCGUGUUGGGUUUAAUGAUCUUUUUCAGAUGAUGGUGACACCAAUCUAUAACGAGAAUCCUGAUGCUACAGUGCAUAAACAGGCUCUUCAUUCCAUCGCGAAAUGUGUUUCAGCUCUGAUUGUCGCCUGUAUCAGUGAAGGCCAUUUUCUCAUUGGUCGCUUCGUUAAAGAUAUCAAUUCCACGAAACCAGCAAAUUCAGUUCGAAUAUUUUCCUUAUUGGCUCUUGGAGAGGUUGGAAAACAUGUAGAUCUGAGCGAGCAAACAGAUCUGGAAUGCUCAAUUCUCAAUUGUUUCAUGUCUCCAUCUAAUGAAGUGAAAUCUGCUGCUGCAUUUGCGCUUGGAAGUAUUGCAUCGGGAAAACUUGACAAGUACAUGCCUUUCUUACUCAACGAGAUCGAGGCUUCACCGAAAAAGCAGUAUCUUUUACUUCAUUCUUUAAAAGAGGUGAUCAGUUGUCAAUCAAUGACUUCGAAACAUGUUAAAGCACUAAAACCAUAUAUUAAUACAAUUUGGACUGUAUUAUUUAAUCAUUGUGAGAGUAAGGAAGAAGGGACAAGAAAUGUCGUCGCCGAAUGCCUUGGGAAACUAACCUUAAUAGAUCCUGCAACGCUGCUUGAUCAACUUCGGUCUUACCUUUCAUCGUCGUCGCCGCAAUCCAGGAGUACCGUAGUUACUGCCAUCAAAUUUACAAUUUCUGAUCAACCACAGCCAAUCGAUCCGUUAUUGAAAAUUUGUAUUGGAGAUUUUUUAAAAACUGUGCAGGACGAAGACUUGAAUGUGCGUCGCGUUGCCUUGGUUACAUUCAAUUCUGCUGCCCAUAAUAAACCUUCUUUGAUCCGAGAUCUUCUAGAGGCCAUACUUCCUCAACUUUAUAGUGAAACAAAAGUCAGAAAAGAACUUGUUCGUGAAGUUGAGAUGGGACCUUUCAGACACACGGUUGAUGAUGGCCUCGAUAUAAGAAAGGCUGCAUUCGAGUGUAUGUACACAUUACUUGAAACCUGUCUUGAUAAAAUUGAUAUAUUUGAAUUCCUAACUCAUGUUGAAGAUGGUUUGAAAGACCAUUAUGACAUCAAGAUGUUGACCUAUUUAAUGCUGGUUCGACUUGCCAAGCUAUGUCCAAAUGCGGUGUUGCAACAUCUCAGCUCGCUUAUUGAACCGUUGAGAAAUACAAUACAGCUCAAAGUGAAAGCAAACUCCGUGAAACAAGAGUUUGAAAAACAAGAUGAACUCAAAAGAUCAGCUUUAAGAGCAACUGUAGCUUUACUGAACAUUCCUGACAGCAAAACGAGCCCUCUUUUGAACGAGUUUAUAUCACAACUUCGUUCCAACUCAGAGACAUCUGCUAUGUUGGAAAUGAUAAAAAAAGAUUCUGGAGCGAGCAGUUCAGAUGCCAUGGAGAUCAGCUGAGUAGUCUACGAUUGAAUACACAGAACGCAAGUGUUAUGUUGUUGUGUCAAGUUGUGAUGACAUUACGUCACUUAAGAAUUGUGCCUGGCAGCUUAAAUGAAGUUUCCUCGAUAUGACAAUUAAAUUCGCAUACCAUAAAUGACAAUGAAACUUUUUUCCACGAGAUUAUAUUGCUGCCAUUCAAUACACAGAUUAUUGCCCUGCUAUAUAUAGUUUCUCAAAGACUUAUUGACUUCUAUAGUAUUAAAAGUAAUAGUUUAAACAGAACUA